UAACCACCAUCCAGUACCCACCCCUUAUUAUCGGAGGGGAACAAGACUCGCUCACCCACUCGGCCACUCACUGCAGGAGACAGACAGUUCACCGAGUGAACUGGAGGGCGUGGGUUCAAAUCCCACUUCUGACAAUUUUUUUUUUUUGUGGUCUCUGUUGCAAAACGACGUCAUUUACAUUCUUUCUUCCCAUAUUGAAAGAAACGGCACUCCGUUCACGUCGUUUGGUUGCCUCCUUGAACAAAAAUCCCACAUAACAAAAGCAUUAAACCCUAACCAGUAACCACCAUCCAGUACCCGUCCCUUAUUACUCGGAGUUGAACAAAACUCGCUCACCCACUCGGCCACUCACUGCAGGAGACAGACAGUUUACCGAGUGAACUCGCCAGCGAUGGACGAGUCACCCAAAGAUAUCUGUGUGGUUACAAAUUCGGAGAAGGAGGGGCUUCCACCUUCUCACCCACCUUCGAACACAAAUGGAGCUGCUCAGCAAAAACCAGAAGACCUGGUGGCCCGAGCCAUUGCCCCAGUAAAGCGAGAGUUUCUCCGGCCUCCACCGUCCUCCAGAACCACCCAAAACGACGCCGCCUCCGACACCAACGUCAAGCAAUCUCAGUCCAACGUAGUCAAAGAAAAGAAAUCAAAACGACAACUCAAACGAGAGCGUCGUCAGGAACAAAAAUCUGCUCUGAAUCUGUGUCCAGAGAUAGCGAAGACUGGAGAUGUUAAUACUUGUCCUUAUAAAGAUAAAUGUCGUUUUAGCCAUGACAUACAAGCCUUUAUGGCUCAGAAACCGGCUGAUUUGGAGGGUGAAUGCCCAUUUAUAACUGCGGAUGCACCUUGCCCUUAUGGUUUGGCAUGUAGGUUUGCUGGCACGCAUAAGGAUGGUGCUUCUGCUGCUACUGCUAAUGUGUUGAAGAAAAGCUCUGAGGUCAAUGGACUAAGCAAAGAUGUUCAGAAACUUUUGUGGAAAAACAAAAUGUGCUUCACUAAAGCGGACAGUGUAAUCAAAUCUCUUGGACUCAUGGGGCCCAACUUGAAAACAAAGAAGUUGGAUGAUAAGGAGGAAGACGAAGUUGUUUUAAAUGGUUCUCAAGCUGCUGAUGAAACUGAGUGCAAAAAAGUGGCUGAUGAUUCAGUUGACUGUUCUGAUUGUCCUCCAACAUAUGCAGCACCAGAUAAUGUUGAGGAGGCAUGUGCAACCGAUGAGCUUAGACCCUCAAAGAAAGCAAAAUCGGUAGUUGAUGAAAUGUGCACUGAUGAAGUGGAGAAUGGUGCAACUGUUUUGGAGAAGGAUAUUGAAAAAAAUUCUACAGAAACUGAAUCCGUUCAUACGGUUGAUGAUGUAUUUGCAGAACCUGAUAUAAGCCUCAAGAUUCACCCCCGUGAAAAGAAGCUUAUUGAUUUUAGAGAAAAAAUGUAUCUUGCUCCACUAACCACUGUCGGGAAUCUUCCUUUUCGUAGGGUUUGCAAAAUAUUGGGAGCUGAUGUGACAUGCGGUGAAAUGGCUAUGUGCACCAAUCUUUUGCAGGGUCAAGCUUCAGAAUGGGCUCUGCUGAGGCGACAUUCAUCUGAGGAUUUGUUUGGUGUCCAGAUAUGCGGGGCACAUCCAGACACUGUAGCACGUACUGUUGAACUUAUAGAUAAGGAGUGUACAGUGGACUUCAUUGACAUCAAUAUGGGGUGCCCAAUUGAUAUUGUCGUUAAUAAGGGCGCUGGAUCUUCCCUACUCAUGAAACCAUUACGUAUGAAAGGCAUCAUUAAAGCAGCUUCUGGCACUGUAGAUAAACCUAUAACUGUUAAGGUGCGAACAGGUUAUUUUGAAGGGAAAAAUCGCAUUGAUUCAUUAAUUGCAGAUAUUGGCAGUUGGGGUGCUACUGCAGUGACAAUACAUGGUCGAUCACGUCAACAACGCUAUAGUAAACUUGCAGAUUGGGAUUAUAUAUACCAGUGUGGCCGGAAGGCCCCUAGUGCACUGCAAGUUUUGGGGAAUGGGGAUAUUUUCUCAUAUUUAGAUUGGAACAAUCACAUAUCUGACUGCCCUGAGCUCUCUACAUGUAUGAUUGCUCGAGGGGCACUAAUAAAGCCUUGGUUAUGUACUGAAAUCAACGAACAGAGGCACUGGGAUAUCAGUUCUGGGGAGCGGUUUAAUAUUCUGAAGGAUUAUGUGCGCUUUGGCCUAGAACAUUGGGGAUCUGACAAAAAAGGAGUGGAAACAACUAGGCAUUUCUUGUUGGAAUGGCUUAGCUACACAUGUAGGUAUAUACCUGUUGGUCUUUUAGAUGUCAUACCACAACAGCUGAACUGGCGUCCUCCCUCCUACUAUGGACGUGAUGACCUUGAGACACUAAUGGCCUCUGAUUCUGCAGCUGAUUGGAUCCGAAUAUCUGAAAUGCUGCUUGGCAAGGUUCCUGAUGGCUUCUCAUUUGCACCAAAGCACAAAUCCAAUGCUUAUGAUCGAGCAGAAAAUGGCUAAUUUUAUGCCGUUUCGCAUUCCUGCAUAUUUUAUGAAUUCAAUACUAUCAUGGUGCGCAAAUUAUGCUUUUCAUUUCUGUGGCUCGUUCAAUUGCAGAAGUGUAGCCAUUGCCGGUUGCAGAAAUUAUUAAGUUGUUUCACAAUUUCUUCAAGCUCACAAUGAAGUUGGUAGUGUAAGUAAGCACAAACUCGCAUUUCAUACGUGCUUAUAGCUAUCUUCUAUUAUUUAAGGACAUUUAUUCAUCUUACCCUAAAAUUUGUACUGGUUAACUUUUAUAACUUUAAAAUAAUGUAAUUGUAAUUUUAUAACUUUAAAAUUUAUAGCUAUGCUUCAAAUCAGACGUUUAUGAUUGACGACUUUAGUUUCUGAGUCAAAAGUUUUUUCAUGGGAAGAUAUUCUGGAACAUGUGUUAAUGAGAAUAAAGAAACCAAAACAUGAUGUGGCCAUUUGUGAGUGAAAGGAUAUCAACUCUUUCUUGUUUUCCUUGGUGAUCAUCUUCUCGAGGAUUUCUUAUUGAAAGAAUGCUUGAUAAUUAUACUUCACGUCAGCUAUAUACUGCCACAAAUGAGCACUAGUCCAGUUCUAAUGGAUAGAGUGGAAUCGCCCUGCCAGGUGGCUAGAGAUUGCUGUUAGCACCAAACUUCCCAAUCCCCUGAACCUUCCCCUUCCUGCGCCGUCAUGCCAACCGAUAAAUAUGUGUGCACCGGACGAAACCAAUAGGUUCCUGAACUUUUCCCCUGCUUGGAGCUUGCGUCUUUUACCUAUCAUUGCCAACCCCACCCAUCCACGCAACUUCAUUGUUACCUUUGAAGGUCAUUUUCCUCCUACUCCCCAACUCUCCCCCAGGGAACAAAAACCUUUGCUUAGCAUCAAAGUCAGAGUUACCAGAUGAUAA